AUGCAUACAACCUUCGCAUUCCUGGUUAAACUCCCCCACCUGUCCACCCAAGAGUUCAUAACGUACUAUGAGACGAAGCACAUUCCCAUGAUCAACCGUCUCGCCGGCCCAGAGAACCAGCCCCUGGUGUAUAAGAGACGAUACACACAUCGCGACGAUCCGGCGUUCGUGUUUGUGAGGGCAAGCGUCGAUGCUAAAGGUGCACCGGUGUCCGCUGUGCCGUCUGAAUCCCAUGGUAAUGGUUCAGAUCGAUCGAAAGUGGAAGUGGAUCCCGGCAACGUUGACUUCGACGUGAUGACCGAGAUCGGGUUCGCCGACGAAGCGGCAAAGAUGAGGUGGUUGAUGGCAGUGGGCCAGGGCGAGAAUGGGAAAAUGGUCGUGGAGGACGAGGAGAGGUUUCUUUGGAGGGAACGCACCCGAGCUGUGGUGGUGGAGGAGUUUGUGAGCUUCGAGUGA